AACACGGGUGGGCCCGGCCCUGCUGCGUCUGGGCACGUAGGCUCCGAUGGACACGUCCAGCCCCGCGUCCACGCCCCAGGACACAUUAGGCUCUUAUCUCUGGGGUCAACAGUCAGGGCGUUGGGGAAAUGAGGAAAGCUUCAGAUCUUGAGCGAACCCCUCCUCUGUUGAAGAGAGUUUUGUCUGCAGGGCGUGGCUGCGCGAGCGCCCCUUUCUCUCCUUUCCGCAGCUCCCCAGAUCUGGCCCCUAUCAUAAGCCGGACCUCGGCGGCCUGGCGCGCAGCCAACAGGCUCGGGGCGCGGGGCGUGCGGGAGGAGCCGGGGCAGGCGGGAGGCCGGGCAGGUCCCCGCGGGGCGGGUAGAAACGAGGCCGCCGGCAGCCUUGACUUGCAUUAGGGGCGCGGGACACGGUGAGCGGCGGGGAGGGGACGCGCGGUCCCCACAUGCAGCGGCGACCAUGGGGCGCUACUCGGGCAAGACGUGCCGGCUGCUCUUCAUGCUGGUGCUCACCGUGGCUUUCUUCGUGGCCGAGCUGGUGUCGGGCUACCUGGGCAACUCCAUCGCGCUGCUGUCCGACUCGUUCAAUAUGCUGUCGGACCUCAUCUCGCUGUGCGUGGGGCUGGGCACGGGCUACCUGGCCCGGCGGCCCCCCCGGGGCAGCGGCGCGUCCUACGGCUACGUGCGCGCCGAGGUGGUGGGCGCCCUGAGCAACGCAGUCUUUCUGGCCGCGCUCUGCUUCACCAUCCUGGUGGAGGCCCUGCUGCGCCUGGGGCGGCCCGAGCGCAUCGACGACCCCGAGCUGGUGCUCAUUGUGGGCGCGCUCGGACUGGCGGUCAACGUGCUGGGGCUGCUCAUCUUCCAGGACUGCGGCUCCUGUUGCACCCCGCGUCGCCGCCGCCGCCCAGCCCAGCGUUGCGCGCCCGGAAAACCCUCCGAGCAGGGCUCAGCCACUGCCGCUAUCUCCACCACCACCACCGGCUCCGGCCCCGGUGGCCUCCGGGACGGGAAGAACGCACAGGGGGCCACCGUGUUCGCCAACGUAGCAGGUGAUUCCCUGAAUGCCCAGAGCGAACCCGAGCUGGAGGAAACUUUGCAAAAGGAGAAAAAGUCAGACGCCCUGAAUAUCCGAGGUGUGCUUCUGCAUGUGAUGGGGGAUGCCCUCGGCUCGGUGGUGGUAGUUGUCACUGCUGUCAUCUUCUAUGUGCUGCCCCUGAAAAAAGAGGACCCAUGUAACUGGCAGUGCUACAUCGACCCCAGCCUGACCAUCAUCAUGGUCAUCAUCAUCCUGUCCUCAGCCUUCCCCCUCAUCAAGGAGACAGCUGCUAUCCUGCUGCAGAUGGUCCCCAAGGGCGUCAACAUGGAGGUUCUGACGAGCAACCUCUUGGCUGUGCCGGGCGUCAGCAGCAUCCAUGAAAUGCACAUCUGGGAACUGAUCAAUGGAAAGAGCAUCGCUACCCUGCAUGUCAAGUAUGACAAGGACAGGGGCUAUCAGGAUGCCAGCCAGAAAAUCCGAGAGCUCUUCCACCAGGUGGGCAUCCACAACGUGACCAUCCAGUUUGAGCAGGUGGAUGGGAUGGAGCCAUCAGGCCAGGACUCCCAGGCUCUUUGCAGCUCACCCUGCAUCUCUGGGGCCUGCAAGAAGCAUCUUUGCUGUCCACCUCGAGCUCUGCCCCUGACCCAUGUUAACGGCUGUGCUGAGCACAAUGGCUGUCCUCCAGGGGCAAACCUUGGGAGGCAAGCAGCCACACACAUAGCCAUCAGUUUGACUUCAGAUGACGUGAGUGAUGGAGGACACACGGAUACCAGGACUCAGGAGAACCAGCAGUAUGUCAACAGCACUCAUUUCUGAGCCAGGCAGCAUGAGCAGGCUGUCUAGAUGAGGCCCAAAUGAACAGGCUGUAUAGAUAAAGCCCUUUGGUACCACCAGAUAUUGGGCUCACUAAGGUGCUCUGUGCUGAGAGAGGGGCACGUACAAAGAAGAUGCUGUAGUUUUGAGGGGAAUGUAAUAUCCCCCCUGCCUCAGCCUAGGUGUUCUGUGCUGCUCCUCACCACUUUUGCUCGGAAUACCCUUCUUUUGAAGCUCACUUACUCACCUCUCUAUCAGGAGUCCAGGGUUCUGGCCACAUCCACCACUGUACUUAUUUUAUAAACUGACAAGAGCCAUUUGGCUGACUGACAGCUGAGUAAGCACAGAGGCUGCAGCAGUGUGGCCCUUUCUUCAGAACCAGAAAAACAAUUGCUCUUGCUCUCCUGAAAUUCUCCUGGAGGAUCAGCCAAAAGGAACUUGAGGGGGUCCCUGCCACUGCAGAAAUGUUGUCUUUGAGUUAUUUGGGAAAUGAAUGUAAAAUGAAUUAUCCACAGAGGUAUAAAAAGGAUUUGGAGAACAUGGAAGGAGACUUGAUUUUGGGGGGAAAGAGGAUUGGAACCAAACAAUGUAUUUGGUGAGAUGAAGAGAAAACAAACAUUGUCUUCCAUCUAGGCCCCAACAGUGAUUUCAGUGUUUAAAUAUAUGAAAUGUCUUCCCCUCUCCCAACUUGGAAGUGCAGUGCUGUUUCUAUUCCUUUAGGCAGAACACAUGUACUUUAUACUGUCUUGUAACUUUCUGGGGGCUGUUUGCCUUCAUUUGCUUCCACCAUUACUGUUUGUCUGUAUUUCCUCUGAGUCUUCUUUUAUGUAACCAUAUGGAUCUAUGGGGGUGUUAACUAGGAGAAAA